CAGCUCUUUUUUUUGUAAUGGGUACAUAAACCUUUAACAUCUUAAAGUCAUAAAGUUAUUGUGUUGUUAGAUAUGAGAUAUUUUGUAAUUUUAACGUCAAGAACGGUAGUUUUAGAAAAUUGCUACUAUAAUUUCAAUGUUAUCAAUAAAACUUAUUGAUAAUUUUUCACUGGAAAGGGUGUUAAGUUUGUAUAAAGAGGAUUACAAACUUGCGUCUUCUUUUAAUCGGGAUUUGAAUUCACAGUGCGUGUAUACGUAAUCGUAGUGAUGAAGUUAUUGUUCAUAGGGUUUUUGGUAGUUUCUGUUUUUGUCCCUGAAACACCAGCUAUUCCACUUUUACAAUAUAAUAAUUCUCAAUUGGAUGGAUGGCUUGUUCCGAAAGUUGAUGGUACAUUCUUUUGGAUGACAAGGGAACAGUUUGAAAAAGAAUACAAUCAAAAGGCUGAGCGGCAUCGUGCUUCGGUCAAAUAUUACUUGUACACCCGCCACAGCCCAGAUAAUCCUGAAAACUUAUACUUCGAUGAUACAAAUUCCUUGGCUAAAUCAAGCUUUGAUAAGGAUAGGCCUACAAAGUUUAUCGUACAUGGUUGGCGACAGAACUAUGGAUCCGAUUUCAAUUUGAAAAUCCGGCGUGCUCUGCUAAAAGUGGGAGACUUUAACGUAAUAAACGUCGAUUGGAGCUCAGCAUCUGGAUUAAUAAACUAUGCAAGUUCUGUGAGUGCCAUUCCGAAUAUUGGCAAGAGCAUUGCUUCAUUCAUAGAUUUCCUCAACGAAAGUGUCAAUAUGCCAUUUGAAAGCCUAACUUUAAUAGGUUUCAGUCUUGGAGCUCAUGCAUGUGGAUAUGCUGGGAAAAAUGUAAAAAGGGGUAGAGUAAAUCAUAUCAUUGGACUUGAUCCAGCUGGACCGCUCUACGACUACUCAGACUGUAGUAAAAGGUUGUGUUCUACUGACGCCGUGUUUGUAGAAUCCAUUCAGACAAAUGCUUUAUUGUUGGGCUUCCUACAACCCAUUGGCAAGGCUACUUAUUAUCCAAAUGGUGGAACCAAUCAACCAGGAUGCAGAACCGAUUGGACCGGAGUGUGUUCGCAUUUCCGAUCUUAUAUGUACUAUUCUGAAGCUUUAUUGAGAAAUAAUUUUGUUGCCUUGAAAUGUACAGAAUUCCGUGCAGCAGUUGUGAAAAAGUGUGACAAAGCGGUAAGGAGUGCAAACAUGGGAUCACCUGGAAGUCAUUUGAAUGAUGGAUGCUAUUAUGUUCCAGUUAACAAUAAACCACUAUUCGGAACAGGUUGAUAUGAUUUAAAUUAUAAGCUCGUAAAAUUGUUAAACUAGAAACUACGGAUUUUAUAAUUGCAAUGAAAAAUAAAUCUAUUUAUUAAUUU